AGAUACAUAUCAAACGGGUCCAAGCCGCCAUCAGUUGAUUGGUGGUGAUUUGCAAUCUUAUUUCUCUUGCAUGCCGCUCGGGGUUGCGGCCUCUAGUUUUGUCAAUGGCUACCCCGACCCUUCGGCUUCAGCAGCAACCACUCCACAGAACCGAGGCAGCGGAAGCUCUUAAUCAUGGAGAUAUCAGCAAAUGUACUACUAGUGAUAGAUCGCCCACGGACACGUAUGAUCCAUGGGAUCCUCCCCGCCCACCCCCUCAUCCAUCGAUAAAGGCCUUAACGUCCCGCCAUCAAUUUAAUAUGCAGUACUCGCGUCAAAUUUGGAAUUUCCUUGCUCAAGUCAGAGGCACCAGUAUAAUAGUCCCAGACCGCACUUCUCAGGGGACCAUGGCAAUGUUUGUUGAGAUACAUAACCGCUUGGUGGCCAUCCUAAAAAAGGAUAGUGUUCCAUCCUUUCAACGCAUGUUCGUAAAGUAUAGAGAGCGCAUGGUUUGUGGAUAUGUCAUCACUCCGACAACCCUCCAGUUCAUAAUUGCAAUGAAUGCCCUGCGUUGUGCUAAGUUUGUUUUGGAGGGGACGGCACCUAAGCUCGGUGGGCAGCGCGCCAACCCCAACUACAUAACCAGCUUUGGGUUCUUCCCCCUCCACCAAGCUGCUGAGACAUUCUCCGCUGACAUGGUUGAGUUACUUCUCAACUAUGGUGCAUUGCCCAAUCUACGCACCUCGGGCGAUAGAAUCAUUGAGGGCCUCCUCCCACUCCAUGUUGCCAUUGAGAACACUUGCCAGCACAAGUAUCUUGAGGACAAUCUACUAUCUGACCAGAGCCAUAUGAAGGGGAAUGUCGAGUACAUCUACAAGCUCAUAUAUCUGCUUUGCCUGCCUGAGAUGAAGAUCUUCAUGGACACAACUAGAGUUCUUGCAUCUCAAACGGAUAAUAUAGUAGACGAACUAUGGGAUUACAUUAAGCAUGGGAAGCUUGUCCCAGCAGCUAUUUUGCUCCUCGCAGCUCAGAGGCAUCUCCGUAACCUCGGUGGAUUUGAUAGGAUCCAGGAUCUUAUUGAUGAUUCUAACUUUUCCCUUGCAAGGGAGGAGUGUGGAUUAGAAAGUGGUAAAAAUACCAAGGCGCAAAAGCAGCUAAAGGAGAAGAAAGCACAAUUUAGUAAUGCAUUCAUGCUUGUUAGGAUAAUUCUGAAUGCUGGUGAAGCUCUUGAUGCAUAUAUUCAAACUCAUUCAAAGGCGUCUCAUGAGGAGGUCCUUGGGAAAGUUUCAGCAAUUCUCCAGAAUUAUGAUGUGGGUCCUAGUGGAAAAGUAAUAUGCAUUGAAGACCUUGACUGCUGCCCCUAUGCCUGCCCAGUGCCAGACGGUGUGUUGCAUGAACAUGGGGAAACAGAUUUGUCGAAGGAAGCCAUAGGAUCGUCUACUCCUGAAGUCAAGGGAAGAAAUGCUGCGAUAAAGGAACCACGUAAAGGACAGAACCUCUAUUUUGCAAGAGAUCAGUUUCUACCCAUGUGGAGAUCGGUGUUAACAUGUCGGUUUCUUGUGAGCUUAUGUCCGUCUUAUGCACCAAAGAAAGAGUCACUGUAUGCCCGACCUGUUGACACCAAGAAGAAAGUGAAUAAUCAAAGGCCUUGUCAAGUUGGCCUUGGCUUGUUAGAUACCAGUAGGUCUUGGAAAUCAAGAAAAGAUCCAAAAGUACCUAGUGCUCCUCGGUCCAGAAGGCUAUUUGCCACUGCUGCAUCGACUGUCCUGAAGAUGUUGAAGCGCUCAUGAUGACCGAGAACGAAGAUAUAAUAGAUUACCAGCUGAAGCUGUUGAGCAUAAUAGCCAACUUUCAUCCGUUGAAAGAUUCCUUUCAACUACAUUUAUUUUGGAGAUAGUUGAGCUGAAGUAGUAGUGCCUCUUGUGAAGAUGAAUCCUUCGGUCUUUCCAUUGUUCUAUACUCCUAUAUUAUGUCUUCAGCCAGCAAACAAUUAAGAAUUCUAAUUCUCAA